GGCCGCGACCCGGUCUCACUCGAUACUAUCAACUUGCGCGGCUCCACCAUCUGCUACUUCAUCCUACCUGACAGUCUCCCACUCGACACCACUCAGGGUUUCCGGCCUACGUGCCUAGCCAAUUACAACUUCUACAGAGAGGGGUUGGGGUACGGUGGCCUACCCUGCCUACCGCUGCCUACUGCUGCCUCUAAUUAG